AAGUACGCGCGGCGGCCGCUACACAGUAAUUCAACCAUUAUGGUCUCAAAAUCAAGAGUACGCGCGGCGGUCUCUACAUAGUAAUCCAACCAGUAAGAACUCAAAAUCGUAUGUACGCGCGGCAGCCUCUACACAGUAAUCCAACCAGUAAGGACUCAAGAGCGAGCAAUGACUCACGCGCGAGUUUGUUCACCGGCCCGACUGAUCUUCUAAAAUUGGAGAAACAUAAAAAAAGCAAUGCAUAAGCAAGGAGGAAAAUACUACAUAUCAUUUAAGAGGGGCUACGAGGAAAGUAGAAAGGAUAUAACAAUUUCAGUUGACAAAUUAUUCGACCGAGAUACUUUAAGACUGACACUAUCGGAUGAUGAGGAUCCUACGUUUUUAUGUAGAAUACAACUGACUCGCUGUGAUUAUGAGGAGUUGAAAAAACAGCAAGGUCUUCUCAUAGAUUAUGACAACUUUCCAUCACAAGUUGUAAGAUUGUUGCAACAGUGUACUGCAAACAAUAUGUUUCUAAUCUUGCACCAUGUUAAUUCAGGCCACUACAACUUUGAGAUAGUUGAGCACAAUGAAUUCAAACGCCUUGUGCAUUUAUCAUUAAGAACCGGACCAGCUUGUGAUGAUGAUAUUAAACAACAUAUGGCCGAGACAAUAAAUGAGCUAAAGAAAUCAUUAUCCACUGUCAAAUGUUCGGCUGCAAAUAAUGAAUCAAUAUGGAGUGACAAAUGCUUAAAGUUUGAAAGCAGAUUAAAAGAACUAACAAUGAUGCUUGCUAAAAUGGAGGAAGACAAAUUAACGAGAGAAUCUGAGUAUCAAGAAGCACUGAAAUUGGAAAAGGAUAAACUUGCUCAGGAAAAGGCACAUCUUCUGAAAACAGCAGAUCUUAGUGAAAAAAACAUACUAGCUAACUAUCAAGAAAAUUUAACCAAAAAAGAGAAGCAAAUUGACGAGUUACGAUGCUCGUGUUCACAACUGAGAGACAAGCUGUGCCACUUAGAAUGUCAACUCAGUGAGAAGAAUCAGACGUCAAAUAUGUUAGAAAAAGAAGUCCAAAAGUCUCACAUAGAAGCGGCAACACUGAGAGCUAAGAACGCAACGUUGGAGCGAGACAUCAUUGACCGCGACAAACAGAUACUGCAACUAAACACGAGGUGUGCGUCUGUAGAUAAGAUAUUGAAUGAAAACUCAAAUACGAUCAAGGAGUUAAAUGAACAGAUACAUUCAUUAAAAAUGGACAAGAACAGCUUAGAGAGACGCCUGGACUUAAGCGAGUCUUUGUCCAAAAAGAACAAUGAAGCCCUACAAUCGACAACGGAUCAACUUUUAAAGGCUAACGAGAUAAUAUCCAAACAGAACCAGGACCUCAUACAAAUGAAGGAUAAGUUGGUAUGCAGAACAGCCAUAGCUCUUGAACAAGAAAAGGUAAUAGAACGCAAUGUGAAGGAAAUACAGGAGCUGAAUUCCAAAGUCAGUUCUGCCAGAGAAGAUCUGGAUAAAAUGAAAAAGGAGUUUGACAGCUUAAAAGAAAAAUUUGAACUCAGUGAAAUUGCCCUUAAAGACAAAGACGAAACCAUUAGGAAUAAUAACUUGGUUAUCCAAUGGCUUCAUAAAAAGAUGGAAGACACCGGUAACAAUAUGACGGACAGACAUAAAACUGGACUCGUGAACGUGGCUAGCUCUACGCCGUAUUUUUUGAAUAAAAAUAAUAGUGAGUUACACGAGUCCGGUGAAACUGAAGUGAAUUUUUACGGAACAUCAAAGUCAACAAUAGACGAAACUCCCAAAGCCCUUGGCGUGCCGAAAGGAUUGGAUCCAAAAUACCUCCAGCCCGCAAGUGAUGAAAAUGGAAAGAAGAAAGAAGCACAAGGUUCCGCUACGUCCAAGUCAAAAGGAAAAGAGAAUAAACGAUUUGAACUACCCCGAGUGGACUAUCGAGAGAAGAAGUCAGCGAGAGGCAGCACCUAUCGCGCGACUCCUGUUUCUGCGUACUUUCCUUGAACAAAAUGAGCUUUUUAACUUGUCGUAUAUGAAAAUAAUUUUAAUUAAAUAUGUAUUUGUACAUUUUA